CGGGAAUUCAAAUUCAAAUGCGUCCCCGAAUAAUUGUAUUCCUUUUUCAAGUGCUUGUCGUGAUUAAAGGAACCAAACUAAAAUAUUAUAAUGAUGAAUUGUGCGGUCGGCAGUCCACCUAUACUAGUUUCAUGUUGACAGAUGCCGCUGGAAACACUGGAAACCCAACACAUUUAGCUCCAUGGGCUGUUCAAAUUCGUGUAAAAGCUCGAAAAGGAGAUUUCGAAGUGAUAUGUGGUGGAACUUUAAUUACUUUGAAGCAUGUACUCACUGCAGCUCACUGCUUUCAAAAGCAUUUUGGAGCUAAAAAGGAAGGUGGCGAAGAAAAUAGUAUGUCCGGACGUUACUGUGAAUCAAAUCAAAGAUUCACAGAUUCUGAAAUUCUGACAAGAACUGUUGUUACAGUUGGCGCUAUGUGUACCAGACUUGAACAGAAAUAUGGAUGUGUGAAUGAAAAACAAAAUGGAAAAACUCUGAAAAUAUCUAGAUUUGCAAUUGGUGACUUUUACAAAACUCAUUGUGAGCAAGGAAAUGACAUAGUGAUUCUGGAACUAGAAAGUACAAUCGAUGACGUGGAGGGUGCCAACUAUGCAUGUCUUCCAUUUCUCCCAGAAGUGAAUAUUCAGUCAGGAGCCAAUGUAACUUCAUUUGGAUGGGGUUCAGAUCCUGGAAAAGGAUUUGAUAAUGCUGCAUUCCCAAUGAUACAAGUUUUGACUUUGGCUACUGAAACUUUGGCAACCUGUGAAGAAAACUGGGGAACAUCAAUUCCUUUCGAUUCGUUUUGUACUGCAGAAGAAGAAGACAAGAACGUUUGCUCUGGUGACAGUGGUGGUGGUCUUACAUUCCAUCAAUCAGAUUCCGCUCGUGAAUUCAUUAUUGCAAUUGUCUCAUAUGGAUCUGAUUGUGUUCAAUUGAUUGGUGGAUCGGAACCAAGAUCACAAAUAAAUACAGAUGUCAGAAAACAUCAAAAGUUUAUCGUGAAUUUUAUUAAUCAAGCUUGAUUCUUUGUUCACAUUCAAUGAAAAUUGUUGUAUU